AUGUCCAACCCACUUAAUCUCAUAUUUACUUGUCACGGCAUAGUAUCAGGCCUCAUUGCACUUCAAACAUUAUUAUUCACUCAAACCACAGGGUUUCUCUUUAACCAAACACUUGAUACAACCAGUCUUUUAUGCAUACAGUUUUAUGGUGCAACUUUAGCAUGCUUAGCUGUUGUCAGUUUACUAAGUAGAAAUAUGCCCAAUAUGCUACCAUGCAAACGCGCUACAGCCUGUGGAUUCAUUGUGUAUCAUGGUAUCAUGACACUCAUCCUCAUUCAAAAUCGUAAUGAAGCAAUCAUGAACAAAAAUGCCAGCUUGUUACUCUCUAUCUUUCAUGGACUUCAGGCUUUUGUACUCUAUGCAUGGUAUACAGCCACAGCAAGUCAAGUCAAGGCAUUCUUAAAAGAAAACAAGAAAUAA